ACUGUGUAGACCAGCGAAGAACUGGUAGUAUGGGGACGAUGGGGUAGCCUUUUCGCCCCUUUGUGCUGUGCUGGAGCAAAAACAUGAAUAUUCGGCUGCUCUAAAGACGAGGACGUUCUGGUGAUUUCUCCGAUCUGUCGCCAGGAUGAUGAACUUUAAGAAAAAGAUCGUGAAGCCUCAGGGCGUCGAGCCCACUGAGAUCGAAAACGAGGUCGCCAAGUGUCUCUUCGAUAUCGAAACAAGCAGCCAGUCGGACUUGAAGGGAGAUGUCCGCCACUUGGUCAUUAGCUCUGUGAAGGAGGUGGAAGUACCGCAGGGGCGCAAGAAGGCGUUUGUCGUCUUUGUUCCCCAUGCCGUCUACCAGAAGACAGUGAAGAAGAUCCAGGGGCGCCUCGUUCAGGAAUUGGAGAAGAAACUGAAGAAGCAUGUCGUCCUGGUCGCCCAGCGCACAAUGCUUCCUCUCGACUUCAAGCGCAAGGGCCUCAAGGUCCGCCCUCGCAGCCGCACUCUCACUGCUGUUCAGGAUGGCAUGUUGGAAGACAUUGUCAGUCCCACAGAAAUCGUUGGCAAGAGAAUGCGCGUGCGUGUUGACAAUACCAAGAUGCUCAAGGUGUUCCUGGACCCUCGCGACAAGCAGAAGGACAACAUCGAGGACAAGUUGGAGACCUUCGCGGCGGUCUACAAGAAGCUGACCAACAAGGACGCCGUCUUCUCCUUCCCUCAACAUGUCUACUAAUCUGGUGUCUCGGUCUCUGUUCGCCUUUCGCUCGCGGGACGGGAGGGCGCAGAGAGGGGGUUCCCUCGCUCCUGCGAGAACAAACGCAUGUGUGGGCGUGGUUGUAGGGGAGUAGGAGACGAGCCAGAGACGACCCUCGUGCAUGUCGCGAGUCUGAAUGUUUGCAGGGCCUGCGCGACUCCUAAAAGGCCUCUCUUCGUCGGUCCUCUCCGUCACAGCUGCGCUUCCCGCGGCCCUAGCCUCUCGAAGAGAGACUCCUUGUCACUUGCCUUAAUGCACUCAAGGGUGUUGUUUGUCUUGUGUGGAGGUGUCGCUCUAUCCUGCGGUGCACGCGUUUGUGGGCUGUGAGUUCGGACCUCUCGUCUACUCUUUCAAAGUAUGCUAGACUUUUUUCUGUUCCGGCUCGGAACAGGUGCAUCUACUCCCGAGUAACCGCGCGGUAACCAGGAGACAGGACAAGGAAACACGAGGCAUGCUUUGUGUGCCGGUCUCACUCGCAAACCGUGAAAACGAAGCGCCCUGGUGUGUCGCGUUUAAUAGCUUACGUGGACAUUGCCUUUUGAAGCGGCUCGCAGGGUUGCACCUGUAUGUAGACGCAGGUUAGAGCACAGCUUGGCAGUGCGUAAAUGUCAGUUCUGUUUCACAACGGUUCGCUAGGUUUCCGAGUCCGUGGGUCUCCGAAUAGCAGUGGUAGAAAUCCAUGACUAUCCUGAAAGGCGUGGAACCUGUACCGGCAGAUGAUAGUGCUGACGUUAGCUGAAUUGGGUAGCGGCGGAUGUUCGAAGAUGAGACGCUUACCAACUACCAUUCUUGGGAAUGCCUCCUUCCCAGUUAACAGUGUGGAGGUGAGGGGUUUAGACGCCAAAUGUAUCUUUGGCAAAUUUGGAACGACAGAAAGGUUCGCGGACGGUCUUCCGUGCGCUGGAGUCACAGUGACGUUGCCACGUGUCAAAUGACAUGCGAAACGCAAGGGAAGCUAAAUCUUUGGAAGAACAGCAGUAGGUUACCUCGGUCGUUGAGUUUUUGUGCGAAAUUGAGGAUUUCUGGGCCGCGGCUAUCGAAUUUCGUUUGAGCCACGGGACUGCAAUUGACGACCGACGCAGCGUGCUGCACGCCGGCACGAAUCGCUUGCUUCAGAAAGGUCACAUCGCCUAAAUAGUGGAGAGAGUGAGGCAUCGAUUUGUUUUUCACGCACUCAACUGCCCCACGCACAAAUAUGAGGACCCCUUAUAAAUCCUAAAGCGAUUUCCAACAACCGGUUUCGUUGAAAACGGGCGAAGAGCGGACGCGUCAGACUUCGCAGUUUUGUUCAGG